CUCCUCUUGCUCCCUGUGCUCCUCUAGUUCACCUUGCUAUCCGUACUCCUUCACUUUCUUUUGCUACCUGUGCUCCUCCAGCUCCUCUUGCUCCCUGUGCUCCUCUAGUUCACCUUGCUGUCCGUACUCCUUCAGUUUCUUUUGCUACCUGUGCUCCUCCAGCUCCUCUUGCUCCCUGUGCUCCUCUAGUUCACCUUGCUAUCCGUACUCCUUCACUUUCUUUUGCUACCUGUGCUCCUCCAGCUCCUCUUGCUCCCUGUGCUCCUCUAGUUCACCUUGCUGUCCGUACUCCUUCAGUUUCUUUUGCUACCUGUGCUCCUCCAGCUCCUCUUGCUCCCUGUGCUCCUCUAGUUCACCUUGCUAUCCGUACUCCUUCACUUUCUUUUGCUACCUGUGCUCCUCCAGCUCCUCUUGCUCCCUGUGCUCCUCUAGUUCACCUUGCUGUCCGUACUCCUUCAGUUUCUUUUGCUACCUGUGCUCCUCCAGCUCCUCUUGCUCCCUGUGCUCCUCUAGUUCACCUUGCUAUCCGUACUCCUUCACUUUCUUUUGCUACCUGUGCUCCUCCAGCUCCUCUUGCUCCCUGUGCUCCUCUAGUUCACCUUGCUGUCCGUACUCCUUCAGUUUCUUUUGCUACCUGUGCUCCUCCAGCUCCUCUUGCUCCCUGUGCUCCUCUAGUUCACCUUGCUAUCCGUACUCCUUCACUUUCUUUUGCUACCUGUGCUCCUCCAGCUCCUCUUGCUCCCUGUGCUCCUCUAGUUCACCUUGCUGUCCGUACUCCUUCAGUUUCUUUUGCUACCUGUGCUCCUCCAGCUCCUCUUGCUCCCUGUGCUCCUCUAGUUCACCUUGCUAUCCGUACUCCUUCACUUUCUUUUGCUACCUGUGCUCCUCCAGCUCCUCUUGCUCCCUGUGCUCCUCUAGUUCACCUUGCUGUCCGUACUCCUUCAGUUUCUUUUGCUACCUGUGCUCCUCCAGCUCCUCUUGCUCCCUGUGCUCCUCUAGUUCACCUUGCUAUCCGUACUCCUUCACUUUCUUUUGCUACCUGUGCUCCUCCAGCUCCUCUUGCUCCCUGUGCUCCUCUAGUUCACCUUGCUGUCCGUACUCCUUCAGUUUCUUUUGCUACCUGUGCUCCUCCAGCUCCUCUUGCUCCCUGUGCUCCUCUAGUUCACCUUGCUAUCCGUACUCCUUCACUUUCUUUUGCUACCUGUGCUCCUCCAGCUCCUCUUGCUCCCUGUGCUCCUCUAGUUCACCUUGCUGUCCGUACUCCUUCAGUUUCUUUUGCUACCUGUGCUCCUCCAGCUCCUCUUGCUCCCUGUGCUCCUCUAGUUCACCUUGCUAUCCGUACUCCUUCACUUUCUUUUGCUACCUGUGCUCCUCCAGCUCCUCUUGCUCCCUGUGCUCCUCUAGUUCACCUUGCUGUCCGUACUCCUUCAGUUUCUUUUGCUACCUGUGCUCCUCCAGCUCCUCUUGCUCCCUGUGCUCCUCUAGUUCACCUUGCUAUCCGUACUCCUUCACUUUCUUUUGCUACCUGUGCUCCUCCAGCUCCUCUUGCUCCCUGUGCUCCUCUAGUUCACCUUGCUGUCCGUACUCCUUCAGUUUCUUUUGCUACCUGUGCUCCUCCAGCUCCUCUUGCUCCCUGUGCUCCUCUAGUUCACCUUGCUAUCCGUACUCCUUCACUUUCUUUUGCUACCUGUGCUCCUCCAGCUCCUCUUGCUCCCUGUGCUCCUCUAGUUCACCUUGCUGUCCGUACUCCUUCAGUUUCUUUUGCUACCUGUGCUCCUCCAGCUCCUCUUGCUCCCUGUGCUCCUCUAGUUCACCUUGCUAUCCGUACUCCUUCACUUUCUUUUGCUACCUGUGCUCCUCCAGCUCCUCUUGCUCCCUGUGCUCCUCUAGUUCACCUUGCUGUCCGUACUCCUUCAGUUUCUUUUGCUACCUGUGCUCCUCCAGCUCCUCUUGCUCCCUGUGCUCCUCUAGUUCACCUUGCUAUCCGUACUCCUUCACUUUCUUUUGCUACCUGUGCUCCUCCAGCUCCUCUUGCUCCCUGUGCUCCUCUAGUUCACCUUGCUGUCCGUACUCCUUCAGUUUCUUUUGCUACCUGUGCUCCUCCAGCUCCUCUUGCUCCCUGUGCUCCUCUAGUUCACCUUGCUAUCCGUACUCCUUCACUUUCUUUUGCUACCUGUGCUCCUCCAGCUCCUCUUGCUCCCUGUGCUCCUCUAGUUCACCUUGCUGUCCGUACUCCUUCAGUUUCUUUUGCUACCUGUGCUCCUCCAGCUCCUCUUGCUCCCUGUGCUCCUCUAGUUCACCUUGCUAUCCGUACUCCUUCACUUUCUUUUGCUACCUGUGCUCCUCCAGCUCCUCUUGCUCCCUGUGCUCCUCUAGUUCACCUUGCUGUCCGUACUCCUUCAGUUUCUUUUGCUACCUGUGCUCCUCCAGCUCCUCUUGCUCCCUGUGCUCCUCUAGUUCACCUUGCUAUCCGUACUCCUUCACUUUCUUUUGCUACCUGUGCUCCUCCAGCUCCUCUUGCUCCCUGUGCUCCUCUAGUUCACCUUGCUGUCCGUACUCCUUCAGUUUCUUUUGCUACCUGUGCUCCUCCAGCUCCUCUUGCUCCCUGUGCUCCUCUAGUUCACCUUGCUAUCCGUACUCCUUCACUUUCUUUUGCUACCUGUGCUCCUCCAGCUCCUCUUGCUCCCUGUGCUCCUCUAGUUCACCUUGCUGUCCGUACUCCUUCAGUUUCUUUUGCUACCUGUGCUCCUCCAGCUCCUCUUGCUCCCUGUGCUCCUCUAGUUCACCUUGCUAUCCGUACUCCUUCACUUUCUUUUGCUACCUGUGCUCCUCCAGCUCCUCUUGCUCCCUGUGCUCCUCUAGUUCACCUUGCUGUCCGUACUCCUUCAGUUUCUUUUGCUACCUGUGCUCCUCCAGCUCCUCUUGCUCCCUGUGCUCCUCUAGUUCACCUUGCUAUCCGUACUCCUUCACUUUCUUUUGCUACCUGUGCUCCUCCAGCUCCUCUUGCUCCCUGUGCUCCUCUAGUUCACCUUGCUGUCCGUACUCCUUCAGUUUCUUUUGCUACCUGUGCUCCUCCAGCUCCUCUUGCUCCCUGUGCUCCUCUAGUUCACCUUGCUAUCCGUACUCCUUCACUUUCUUUUGCUACCUGUGCUCCUCCAGCUCCUCUUGCUCCCUGUGCUCCUCUAGUUCACCUUGCUGUCCGUACUCCUUCAGUUUCUUUUGCUACCUGUGCUCCUCCAGCUCCUCUUGCUCCCUGUGCUCCUCUAGUUCACCUUGCUAUCCGUACUCCUUCACUUUCUUUUGCUACCUGUGCUCCUCCAGCUCCUCUUGCUCCCUGUGCUCCUCUAGUUCACCUUGCUGUCCGUACUCCUUCAGUUUCUUUUGCUACCUGUGCUCCUCCAGCUCCUCUUGCUCCCUGUGCUCCUCUAGUUCACCUUGCUAUCCGUACUCCUUCACUUUCUUUUGCUACCUGUGCUCCUCCAGCUCCUCUUGCUCCCUGUGCUCCUCUAGUUCACCUUGCUGUCCGUACUCCUUCAGUUUCUUUUGCUACCUGUGCUCCUCCAGCUCCUCUUGCUCCCUGUGCUCCUCUAGUUCACCUUGCUAUCCGUACUCCUUCACUUUCUUUUGCUACCUGUGCUCCUCCAGCUCCUCUUGCUCCCUGUGCUCCUCUAGUUCACCUUGCUGUCCGUACUCCUUCAGUUUCUUUUGCUACCUGUGCUCCUCCAGCUCCUCUUGCUCCCUGUGCUCCUCUAGUUCACCUUGCUAUCCGUACUCCUUCACUUUCUUUUGCUACCUGUGCUCCUCCAGCUCCUCUUGCUCCCUGUGCUCCUCUAGUUCACCUUGCUGUCCGUACUCCUUCAGUUUCUUUUGCUACCUGUGCUCCUCCAGCUCCUCUUGCUCCCUGUGCUCCUCUAGUUCACCUUGCUAUCCGUACUCCUUCACUUUCUUUUGCUACCUGUGCUCCUCCAGCUCCUCUUGCUCCCUGUGCUCCUCUAGUUCACCUUGCUGUCCGUACUCCUUCAGUUUCUUUUGCUACCUGUGCUCCUCCAGCUCCUCUUGCUCCCUGUGCUCCUCUAGUUCACCUUGCUAUCCGUACUCCUUCACUUUCUUUUGCUACCUGUGCUCCUCCAGCUCCUCUUGCUCCCUGUGCUCCUCUAGUUCACCUUGCUGUCCGUACUCCUUCAGUUUCUUUUGCUACCUGUGCUCCUCCAGCUCCUCUUGCUCCCUGUGCUCCUCUAGUUCACCUUGCUAUCCGUACUCCUUCACUUUCUUUUGCUACCUGUGCUCCUCCAGCUCCUCUUGCUCCCUGUGCUCCUCUAGUUCACCUUGCUGUCCGUACUCCUUCAGUUUCUUUUGCUACCUGUGCUCCUCCAGCUCCUCUUGCUCCCUGUGCUCCUCUAGUUCACCUUGCUAUCCGUACUCCUUCACUUUCUUUUGCUACCUGUGCUCCUCCAGCUCCUCUUGCUCCCUGUGCUCCUCUAGUUCACCUUGCUGUCCGUACUCCUUCAGUUUCUUUUGCUACCUGUGCUCCUCCAGCUCCUCUUGCUCCCUGUGCUCCUCUAGUUCACCUUGCUAUCCGUACUCCUUCACUUUCUUUUGCUACCUGUGCUCCUCCAGCUCCUCUUGCUCCCUGUGCUCCUCUAGUUCACCUUGCUGUCCGUACUCCUUCAGUUUCUUUUGCUACCUGUGCUCCUCCAGCUCCUCUUGCUCCCUGUGCUCCUCUAGUUCACCUUGCUAUCCGUACUCCUUCACUUUCUUUUGCUACCUGUGCUCCUCCAGCUCCUCUUGCUCCCUGUGCUCCUCUAGUUCACCUUGCUGUCCGUACUCCUUCAGUUUCUUUUGCUACCUGUGCUCCUCCAGCUCCUCUUGCUCCCUGUGCUCCUCUAGUUCACCUUGCUAUCCGUACUCCUUCACUUUCUUUUGCUACCUGUGCUCCUCCAGCUCCUCUUGCUCCCUGUGCUCCUCUAGUUCACCUUGCUGUCCGUACUCCUUCAGUUUCUUUUGCUACCUGUGCUCCUCCAGCUCCUCUUGCUCCCUGUGCUCCUCUAGUUCACCUUGCUAUCCGUACUCCUUCACUUUCUUUUGCUACCUGUGCUCCUCCAGCUCCUCUUGCUCCCUGUGCUCCUCUAGUUCACCUUGCUGUCCGUACUCCUUCAGUUUCUUUUGCUACCUGUGCUCCUCCAGCUCCUCUUGCUCCCUGUGCUCCUCUAGUUCACCUUGCUAUCCGUACUCCUUCACUUUCUUUUGCUACCUGUGCUCCUCCAGCUCCUCUUGCUCCCUGUGCUCCUCUAGUUCACCUUGCUGUCCGUACUCCUUCAGUUUCUUUUGCUACCUGUGCUCCUCCAGCUCCUCUUGCUCCCUGUGCUCCUCUAGUUCACCUUGCUAUCCGUACUCCUUCACUUUCUUUUGCUACCUGUGCUCCUCCAGCUCCUCUUGCUCCCUGUGCUCCUCUAGUUCACCUUGCUGUCCGUACUCCUUCAGUUUCUUUUGCUACCUGUGCUCCUCCAGCUCCUCUUGCUCCCUGUGCUCCUCUAGUUCACCUUGCUAUCCGUACUCCUUCACUUUCUUUUGCUACCUGUGCUCCUCCAGCUCCUCUUGCUCCCUGUGCUCCUCUAGUUCACCUUGCUGUCCGUACUCCUUCAGUUUCUUUUGCUACCUGUGCUCCUCCAGCUCCUCUUGCUCCCUGUGCUCCUCUAGUUCACCUUGCUAUCCGUACUCCUUCACUUUCUUUUGCUACCUGUGCUCCUCCAGCUCCUCUUGCUCCCUGUGCUCCUCUAGUUCACCUUGCUGUCCGUACUCCUUCAGUUUCUUUUGCUACCUGUGCUCCUCCAGCUCCUCUUGCUCCCUGUGCUCCUCUAGUUCACCUUGCUAUCCGUACUCCUUCACUUUCUUUUGCUACCUGUGCUCCUCCAGCUCCUCUUGCUCCCUGUGCUCCUCUAGUUCACCUUGCUGUCCGUACUCCUUCAGUUUCUUUUGCUACCUGUGCUCCUCCAGCUCCUCUUGCUCCCUGUGCUCCUCUAGUUCACCUUGCUAUCCGUACUCCUUCACUUUCUUUUGCUACCUGUGCUCCUCCAGCUCCUCUUGCUCCCUGUGCUCCUCUAGUUCACCUUGCUGUCCGUACUCCUUCAGUUUCUUUUGCUACCUGUGCUCCUCCAGCUCCUCUUGCUCCCUGUGCUCCUCUAGUUCACCUUGCUAUCCGUACUCCUUCACUUUCUUUUGCUACCUGUGCUCCUCCAGCUCCUCUUGCUCCCUGUGCUCCUCUAGUUCACCUUGCUGUCCGUACUCCUUCAGUUUCUUUUGCUACCUGUGCUCCUCCAGCUCCUCUUGCUCCCUGUGCUCCUCUAGUUCACCUUGCUAUCCGUACUCCUUCACUUUCUUUUGCUACCUGUGCUCCUCCAGCUCCUCUUGCUCCCUGUGCUCCUCUAGUUCACCUUGCUGUCCGUACUCCUUCAGUUUCUUUUGCUACCUGUGCUCCUCCAGCUCCUCUUGCUCCCUGUGCUCCUCUAGUUCACCUUGCUAUCCGUACUCCUUCACUUUCUUUUGCUACCUGUGCUCCUCCAGCUCCUCUUGCUCCCUGUGCUCCUCUAGUUCACCUUGCUGUCCGUACUCCUUCAGUUUCUUUUGCUACCUGUGCUCCUCCAGCUCCUCUUGCUCCCUGUGCUCCUCUAGUUCACCUUGCUAUCCGUACUCCUUCAGUUUCUUUUGCUACCUGUGCUCCUCCAGCUCCUCUUGCUCCCUGUGCUCCUCUAGUUCACCUUGCUGUCCGUACUCCUUCAGUUUCUUUUGCUACCUGUGCUCCUCCAGCUCCUCUUGCUCCCUGUGCUCCUCUAGUUCACCUUGCUAUCCGUACUCCUUCACUUUCUUUUGCUACCUGUGCUCCUCCAGCUCCUCUUGCUCCCUGUGCUCCUCUAGUUCACCUUGCUGUCCGUACUCCUUCAGUUUCUUUUGCUACCUGUGCUCCUCCAGCUCCUCUUGCUCCCUGUGCUCCUCUAGUUCACCUUGCUAUCCGUACUCCUUCACUUUCUUUUGCUACCUGUGUUCCUCCAGCUCCUCUUGCUCCCUGUGCAGUUCCAGCUCCAUUUGGUCCAUGUACUCCUCUAGUUUUCGUUGUUCCUCUAGUUCCCCUUGCUCUAUGUGCUACUCCCCUUGCUCUUUUUUACCUUCAGCUACUCUCUCCUCUAGCUACUUUACUCCACUUGCAGCUCUUCCUCCACUUGUGA